AUGUUGUCGCUGAACAGAUCAUGUUCUUUCAAUCAAUUGCCAGUUGAAAUUUGGGACAUUGUAUUCAGUUUUAUGGAGCCUGUCUUUGAUGCAUCCAAAGAAAAUUCAAAAAGUAUUACAUUUAUUCAAACCUAUACUAGGAAAUUGAGAGAAUGGAAUGCUGCACGCUCAACGAGCAGUAUCUUUUAUAAUGUCGUUAAAUCUUCUUUCUCUGUUUUGGAUUUGAGUCCGUUAUUUAGUACUGAGAUCAUCACCAUAGCCAAAGUAUCUGAUGAAAUGAAUCCUUUUAUGCCCAGUAAAAAGCAAGGGUUUACAUGGAGCUUUAUCACUGAUGAUCAAUUAGAAAAAGAAGAAUCAGUUAACAAAAUAUUUAAACGACAAGAUGAAGUUUGUAAAUAUCUUGUACGAGGUGUUGGUAAUGGCUUUUCAUCAAUUAGCAAGUUAGUUCUGGAUAACAUGUACAGGCUACAAGAAGCACAAUUAGAGCAAUUAUGUGACAUGCUUCCAAAUCUCACUCAUUUAUCUUUAUUACACUGCAAUAAUGUGAAACAUUUCAAUGUUUCUAAACAUGCAAAGAUUUCACAUUUUAGAAUUCAUGCUUUCCAAUUAGAUUUAAGAAUUGAAUUAACAAGGCAACAAUAUUCACAACAAAUUAAUAGAGUAAUUACAAUUGAAGUAGAGGGUGGAUAUGAAGUAUUUCUGUCAUAUUUAGCAAAACAACUAGUACAUACAGUGAAAGCAUGCCACAGGUAUCGAGUAGGAGAUUUGAAAAAAAUUGUUGCACCUUUUUUAGAAAAGGAGCCACCUUCGAUAAGAUUUAUUUUUGCAGGCACAGAUCUCGAUGAUGAAAGAUUCCUGCCAGACUGUUCCAUUAGUACCUACUGCACAUUACAUGUUGUUUGUAGAAACUGA